UCCCCUUCCGCCCACCUAGAUUCUACCUGCAUAGCUAGUACGUGCGCGCAGCUGCCGGCAAAGUCAAGGCGAUCGAUGGAUAGAGAUCCCAUGGAGGCGCCGACGUCUACGACGGCUGCGCUGGUUAUGCCAAAGACAGCGCCGGCGAGCGACAAGAAGCUGCCGUCGCGGUUCAGGCGGGUCUGCGUGUUCUGUGGGAGCAGCGCAGGGAGGAAGGCGGCGUACCAGGCGGCAGCGGUGCAGCUCGGGCAGCAGCUGGUAGAGCGCGGCAUCGACCUCGUGUACGGCGGAGGCAGCGUGGGUCUCAUGGGCCUGGUGUCCCGCGCCGUGCACGGCGGCGGCGGGCGCGUCACGGGCGUGGUGCCCCGGUCGGUUCUGCCGCGGGAGCUGAUCGGCGAGACGCCCGGCGGGGAGGAGGUGAAGGCGGUGUCCGGCAUGCACCAGCGCAAGGCUGAGAUGGCCCGCCGCGCCGACGCCUUCGUGGCGCUCCCUGGCGGCUACGGCACGCUGGAGGAGCUGCUGGAGGUCAUCACCUGGGCGCAGCUCGGCAUCCACGACAAGCCGGUGGGAUUGUUGAACGUGGACGGGUACUACGACUCGCUGCUGGCGUUCAUCGACAGGGCGGUGGAGGAGGGGUUCGUGGCGCCGGCGGCGCGGAAGAUCAUCGUGGCGGCGCCCACGCCCGGUGAGCUGCUCGCCGCGCUGGAGGAGUACGUGCCGGCACACCACGACGCCUCCUCCGUCAAGCUCAGCUGGGAGUCGUCCGUGGACACCAGGACCUGCUCACCAUCCAAGCCAGACAUCUCACGCUAGCUAGCUAGCCUUGCCUUGUAAACUACACAAUUAAGAUUGACAUACAUUUAUAUACUACAUCAGAUGAUAUAUUCAUCCAACAAACCGUACGCGUAUUCAUACUGAUAUCAUGAACUUUUUGUGGACAUAGACUACUUAGUAUAUUGAUCAAUUGAUGAUUACUCUGUGACUUGUA